AUGACGGAACUCGCAGAACAGACCCUCCCAUGCGAUUUGGUCGAGUCACAGUUGGCAAUGGUUGAGCUCAUCAGGGCCAUGUAUCCGCCUGCAGAAGAGGACGCCGACUACUUGACACUACAAGACACCAUCGACAAGACACGCGAGUGGUGCGAGACUCCAGAACCGUCAAGCACGCAAAGCAUCCCUCCCGACCUUAGCUUCAUGAUUAACAUACCUAUCGAAACGUCUCAUGAGACGACAUUGCUCUGGCCGUCGAUACAGCUGAAAGUCACUGUUCCUUUGCGAUCAAAAGAAAAACAAAUCACUGAACCGCCGCCGUUGCUAUACACACUACGCCAGCCGCCGUGGAUGUCUCGGGCCGAGGUAGCUGACCUCGCGGCUGCCAUGCCCGCGGAUGACGUUUUAGCAGCGUUUGACUAUGUGAAAGAAUAUGCCCCGAGAUAUUAUCUGCAAAAAGGCGAGGAAGCCACAAGAAACACACAAAAGCCGAACGAGAUAUCAAAUGGCCCCCUGCUGCGCGUCUGGUUCUACUUUCCCUCCCUCUCGACACGGGAGAAACGCAAAGACCUCGUCACCUACGCGCCGCGCUACAGGCUCACCGGCUUCGUCCUAGCUGGGAAACCCGGGAUGUUAUGUCUGGAGGGCACCUCGAAGGAUGUGGACGACUAUAUGAACGCGAUCAAAAACGAGAGCUGGGGGGAUAUCCCCAGUCACCAGAAGAAAGUGAGCGAGAGGUUCCGAGAGGAGUGUGGGGAGGGUGGGCGCAAGUUUCAGGAUAUGACGGAGAUUACGGAUGAGUUGGGCGAGAAGCGAGGGGCCAGGAAGAAUAGAGGGGAUAUGGCCGCUCUGGAAAUGUUCUUAAAGGAGAGAGGGGUUGGAGAGUCUUUCUCAAAGGUUCUCAUGGGAGCAUAG